GAUAACAAAAGAUUGACAGCAAUAAUAAUACGCCGAACUUAUAGGAAUAAGGUGUACAUACUUAUGAGAAAUAGUGGUUUUGUAUUCGAGAAUAAAUAUGUCUAUUGAUAAAAGUGCUAUCUGUUAAACUGGUUCCGUCCAAUUUCAAUUUGAUCUGAAACUUCGAAAGUCUUAUAGGUUAACCGUAACAUGGGAUAUGUUUAUGUGUGAUACAGUGUAUUUGUAAAUAGUGUAGAAGGCUCAAGAAUAUUAGUUUUGGACAAUGAUACCUUCCAAUACAAUAUGUGUUUCGCAGGAAGGUCCUGCAAAUGCAUUAGCUUUAAACAAAGAUUGUACACAAGUUGUUAUAGCUGGACGAAAUGUGUUCAAAGUGUUUUCAAUUGGAGAAGAUGAGUUUUCAGAAGUGUGCAACCUGAGGGUGGGAAAAAACUUAAAUUUGAAUUUUUCUUCCAUUGAUGUAGCUUGGAGCACAAUAGAAGAGAACACUCUGGCCACAGCGGCUACCAAUGGGGCUGUAGUUGUUUGGAAUCUCGGAAGAUCAGGACGCUCCAAACAGGAACAUGUCUUCUCUGACCACAAAAGAACUGUUAAUAAGGUUAGUUUUCACUUGACAGAGCCAUCACUUCUGAUCUCCGGUUCUCAGGAUGGCAUGAUGAAAUGUUUUGAUCUUCGUAUGAAAGAGGUGGCUCGUACAUUUAUCAGCAACACAGAGUCAAUACGGGAUGUGCAGUUCAGCCCGCAUCAGGCGCACACAUUCGCAGCUGUAUCAGAGAAUGGCACGGUGCAGGUGUGGGACUCGCGACGCAGCGAGCGCUGCCUGCAGCAGUUCACCGCGCACUCUGGGCCCGUCUUCGCCUGCGACUGGCACCCCGACGUGCCCUGGCUCGCCACUGCCUCGCGCGACAAGACUAUAAAGGUGUGGGACAUGCACGGGAAGCCUAACUUGGAAUACACCAUAUACACGAUUGCAUCUGUCGGUCACGUUAAAUGGCGGCCACAAAAAAAGUACCAGGUGGCGUCGUGCGCGCUGGUGCUGGACUGCGCAGUGCACGUGUGGGACGUGCGCCGCCCGCACGUGCCUCUCGCCACCUUCGCCGAGCACCGCGACGUCACCACCGCCAUCGCCUGGCUCUCGCACGCCGCCUUCCUCUCCACCAGCAGGGACUGCAGCCUGUACCGGCACCGCUUCCUGGAGGCGGCGCACCCGGUGCUGUGGGCCAACCCGCAGAGCGUGUGCGUGUCCGCGCGCGGCGAGGUGGUGCACGCCGUGCCCGAGUGCCCGCUGCCCGCGCUCGCCCCGCCCCACGUGGAGCACGUGUGGGAGGUGGUGCGUGCGGUGUGCGGGGCGCGCGCCACUGCCCGCCGGGCGCCCGCACCGCCCCCGCCCCGCGCACCUCCGCCCCGCGACGACCCGCCCCCCGCCACGCCCGCCUACAGCACAGUAGAAGAGGAACCGAUGGGCGAGGUGGAGGAGGAGUGGGAGGAGAACCAGUUCCACAACAGCGGCGUGCUGGGCCUGCCCACGCAGAGCAUCUACAUCCCUCCCGCCAAGUACGCCAAGCAGAUGCGCGACGACGAUGCGGGGUGCGGCUGGGUGUCAGCGGCCUCCGCGCAUUACGUGGACAUAGAGGCGCUGGACUGGACGCUGCCCGAGGAGGCGUUCCCGCUGCGCAGCGCCCCGCCCGCGCCGCUCGCCCUGCACGCCCUCCCGCACCACGCCCACCUGCCGCACCUCGCACACCUCCACCACCACUACGACGAUAUCGAACACGACGGUGUGUUAGGGGGCGUGGGGUGCGGCAGCUCCUCCCCGGGCGGGUCCAGCUCGGGCGCGUCGGGCGGCUCGGGGUCGCACGACGCCGCGCACCGCACAUACAGCCACCAGAACUCGAUCAGUACGACGGAGGAGGCGGAGGGUUGCGAGGGGUGCGAGGGCGGCGAGGCGGGCGCGCUGUCGGUGCGAGUGGGCGAGGAGCGCAGCGCGAGGCCGGACGUGGCGCCGCUGCUGGCGCAGGCGCUGCAGCUGCACGCGGCGCUGGGCGACGUGCAGACCGCCGCCGUCGUCUGCAUCGUGCUGCACGAGCACAGGAGCGACCUCUUCUCCUACAUCGAGGAGACGCUGCAGGAGCAGUGGCUGCUCGGCUACAUCGACUUGCUGCACCGCCACAAGCUCUGGAACGUCGCCACUGAAGUGGUGCGGUGCGCGUGGCUGAGCAGCGUGUGGUCGCUGUCGCAGCAGUCGAGCAGCGUGGCGGCGUGCUGCGGCCGGUGCGGGCGCCGCACGCGCACGCGCGCCCCCUGCGAGCGCUGCGCCCCGCGCCGCCCCGACCUCUGCGCCGUCUGCCACCAGGUGGUGCGCGGCCUCUACGCGUGGUGCCAGGGCUGCUCGCACGGCGGACACCUGCAGCACAUGCGCACCUGGAUGCAGCAGCACCGCAUCUGCCCCGCCGGCUGCGGACAUUACUGCCAGCUCGCCUGACCACACCCUAGUGUAGCCUUCCCAUCCUUGUUGCCGCAUUCGAGAGUAGUAAAUGACGCAGACGGCUUAAGAAACAAAUCAACUAGUUGAGUGCGCCAGUAAUUAUUUCUAAACAUUAAACUGUCAAGAGACAGCGAAACGAAUCAUCGUAACGGUUAAUUUCUUGCAGUCAGGAUGUAGUCGCCCCGUAGUGUUAUUUGUAUGUUUUAUAUAAAAUGCAA